CAGUCAGCUAGAGAUUCUGGUGGAAUCAUAGGCACAGAGACAGCUCAGCUAGUCUAAGGCUGGACUCUUUAACACAACCAUCCUGUCAUCUAUUGCUACAGCUGUUGUUGCUGCCUUGUCAAACACUUGCAGAAGCUUGGGGAGGGUGUAUGAGACAAUCUGUAAUACAGCAAAAGAGACUGAGCAAACCAGGGUACUUAGAGGAAGCAUACUGUUCACUAUGGCAUCCAACUUCAAUGAUAUUGUAAAGCAAGGCUAUGUAAAAAUCAGAAGCAAAAAGCUUGGGAUUUAUAGACGCUGCUGGUUAGUUUUUAAGAAAGCUUCAAGUAAAGGACCGAGAAGGCUAGAAAAAUUCCCAGAUGAAAAAGCCGCCUACUUUAGGACAUUUCAUAAAGUAACAGAGCUACACAACAUCAAAACUAUAACACGACUGCCUCGAGAGACCAAGAAACAUGCGGUAGCAAUUAUCUUUCAUGAUGAGACUUCAAAGACAUUUGCCUGUGAGUCAGAGCUGGAAGCAGAGGAGUGGUGCAAGUCCCUAUGCAUGGAGUGUUUAGGAACAAGACUUAAUGAUAUAAGCCUUGGUGAACCAGAUCUGCUGGCUGCUGGGGUGCAAAGAGAACAGAAUGAAAGGUUCAAUGUAUAUCUUAUGCCAACACCAAAUUUAGACAUCUAUGGAGAAUGCACAAUGCAGAUCACACAUGAAAACAUCUAUCUGUGGGAUAUUCACAAUGCAAAAGUGAAGUUGGUUAUGUGGCCGCUUAGCUCUUUAAGAAGAUAUGGAAGAGACUCCACUUGGUUUACCUUUGAAUCAGGAAGAAUGUGUGACACGGGUGAAGGGCUAUUUACAUUUCAAACAAGAGAAGGAGAGAUGAUCUAUCAGAAAGUCCAUUCUGCAACACUGGCGAUAGCAGAGCAACAUGAAAGGCUUAUGUUAGAACUGGAGAAAAAAGCAAGACUGCAGACUAAUUUGACAGAACCAAUGACAUUGUCCAAGUCCAUAUCCCUUCCUCGGAGCGCGUACUGGCAUCAUAUCACCAGACAAAAUAGCGUUGGGGAAAUUUACAGCUUACAAGGAUGUCUGAUGGGAGAUUCUUCAGAUUUCUUGGUUUCUUGGUCAAGAACUGAUGACAUCAAGCCAGGGAUGCAGGUAACCGUUUCAGUACAACAAAGAUGUCUCGUGCACAGACGUUUUCCAGCUACUCCUCUGAGCCGUGCAAGAAGUACCAGCAGCCCUUGUCGGUGUUUAGUGGCUAUGACUCCAUCUACUGCUCGUGCAUCCUCUAGUGACAUUCAGAAGGCUAUUGACUACAGAGACAAUGUAAACUGGAAUUUGAAAGUUGGGUCAUCAAGUCAUCUUCACCCUGGGCACUCACGAAAGAUGAAUUACAAUGAUGGCAGAGAUCGAGGAUUCCAAAUGGAAAACUAAGAAAUCCCUGUAGAAGAUUAAGUGUAUUUUCAGUUAUUUAUUUAUUUAUUGUUUUUUUUUAUUCCACUUUUUUCUGUUAAAGGUCUUAUAAUUACUGUCAAUACCAGUUUGUAGACAGACUUGGGGCCAAGAGAGCAUUCAAAUUGGAACCUUCGAAUAACUUAUUACAAUGGAACCUUGGAGUAGUUUGCUGGAGCUAUUUCACUUCUCCAAAUGAUGUGCAGAUUUUUGGUGUGUUUUGUCAUUGGUUAAAGUAGUCUAAUAUCAUAUCUUAUGGAUCUAGCUACACCAACUUAAAUAGUGAAUUUAUCAGGUCCACCAGUUUUGUCUAUAUUUGGUUUGCAAGAUAAACAUAAAGCUUUUCCUAUGGAGCACACAUGGAGCAGUACUAUGUACCAGGAAAAUGGGACAUUUAACAGGGCGCUGAACUCGACAAAAAUCUUCCUUCUUCUGCUCUAAAGUUCAUUCACAGUCCAGGGUUCAGCGCCCUGUUAGAUGUCCCAUUUUCUUGGUACAUAGUACUGCUCCAUGUGGAUCUAUCACCGGUGAUCAACUUCCAGAACACCUGUAGGCUACAAACCUGUUUUAUGUUAUUCGCAUUCUGGGACGUUAUGCUUUUAGCAUAACACUGCUGGGUAAGGUGCCAACCAUUGCACCUUUUCACCAUCGGUAUCCUUUUGAUGAUCUGCACACCAUUUCUCUAUUUGUCUUUUUCUAUUAUAUUAUACUAAGGUAGAUAGAGCCCUAUUUUAAGCCAGACAUUGUAUUUGAAAUCUAACAAAGAGGGUUGGUCCCAGUCACCAGUUUCCUAUAACUUUUUAUUAUAGAUUCUUUAACAUUUGCAAAAAUACCCAUGGGAAUAAAAAUAAUAAAACUAAACGUUUCAAUUUUUUUCUUUUUCUCCCCAUAUGUUUUUUUUUAAAUUUGCAUGGAUCUAUAAUAAGUUAUUUUUUAUAGGAAGCUUGUGACUGGGACCAACCCUUUAUGUUUGGGAUUUGAAAUAUUCCCACAUAGAAACUGUCCCACUCAGUUCCAAGCCAUCCGUGCUCUCCUGGGAAUAAUGCAUGACCUGAUUCCACUCGUAUCCAGACUGGUGUUUUUUUUGUUUUGUUUUUUUCUUAUUGUAUUUCAAAGCAAACUUUCAGUUGACCAUGAAGCCAGGAUAAAUAAUUCUGAUUGUUAUUAUUAUUACUAUCCAACAGAUGCUGACACUACAGAAAGUAGAGCACUAACAAACUAAGGCUCAAGACCCAGAGUAUAUCUCUCCAUACACACAUAUAAAAUGAUUAAUAUACAUACAGUGGGGAGAACAAGUAUUUGAUACACUGCCGAUUUUGCAGGUUUUCCUACUUUCAAAGCCCGUAAAG